CGGGUCGACUUUAAAGUCGGGUUGGGGUUUUCCGUUCAAUCCGCCACAAUCCAACGCGCUCGUCGCGAAUACAAGAUACUCAUUUAUUUAUCUGGCCCGUUUCCCUCAUCCCAGGAGGAAGUCGCGCAACAUGGGGAAGCUCAUCCGCUUAGAGCUCUAUAAUUUCAAGUCUUACAAGGGCCAUCAUACUCUUCUUUUCGGAGAUGCUUACUUUACUUCCAUCAUCGGGCCUAAUGGCUCUGGCAAAUCAAACUCGAUGGACGCGAUCUCCUUUGUUUUAGGUAUCAAGUCAUCCCAUCUACGGUCGACAAAUCUACGCGAUCUCGUGUAUCGUGGUCGUGUUCUGCGAACUUCCAAGAUCAACGGCGAUGGCUCAGCUACAGUAGACGGCGAGGAAAACCAAGCCCAGGGAUCGGAUGCUGAAGAUGGAGAUGGACAGGAAGCGGGAGAUCGCAACGACCCCAAGACCGCAUGGGUCAUGGCAGUGUAUGAAGACGACGCGGGCGAGGAGCAGCAAUGGCGACGAUCGAUCACGAGUUCCGGUGUGAGCGAGUACCGCAUCAAUAACAAGGUCGUGACUGCGCAGCAAUACAACGAGGCCCUGGAGGCGGAGAAUAUCCUGAUUAAAGCGCGCAACUUCCUUGUCUUCCAGGGAGAUGUUGAAGCGAUUGCGUCCCAGUCGCCCAAAGAUCUUACCCGGCUCAUUGAACAGAUAUCUGGCAGCCUCGAAUAUAAAGCAGAAUAUGAGCGCUUGAAAGCGGAGCAGGAAGAGGCCGCGGAGCAGCAGACAUUUCAGCUGAACCGUCGACGAGGUAUCAACUCCGAGAUCAAGCAAUACCAAGAACAGAAGAGAGAGGCGGAUAACUAUGCUAGGAAGGCUGAGGAACGGGACCAGGCUAUCAUCACGCACAUCCUGUGGAAGUUGUUCCAUUUCCAACGCCUCAUUGACGAAUCUAGCGCCGAAAUCCAACGCCACCAGGACGAGCUGAAGGAAUAUCGCCGUGGCGUUGAGAAGUAUGAGAAGAACCUCGAAGGGGCCAAGAAGGAACAUGCGCGGGUUGGCAGGGACGUUGUUAAAAUCGAGAAAGACAUCGCGAAGAAGGAGAAAGACAUCGAGGAUAUGACAAACUCUCUAGUGCCCGUAAACGAGAAGAUCGAGAUCACGUCAAGGAACCUGGAGAGAUAUACUUCCCGCAUCUCCGAUAUUGCGAAGGAGCGCGACUCCCAGGCUAGCAACGUGAAACACCUAGAGAAAGACCUGAAAAUUGUCGAGAAAGCGCAGGCACAGUGGGAGGCUGAGUGGCAGAAGAGUAUGAGCAAGGAAGCUGGCCAGCUCAGCGAGGCAGAUCUCCAGGAAUACAGCAAGUUGAAGGAAGAGGUCAACAAGCAGUCUUCUGCUGAGCAGCUCAAACUCGACAAUCUACGCCGUCAGAAGAAAACGGAGGCGGAGACUGUCAACAGUCUGAAAAGCAAGUUCGAAAAUACAGAAUGGCAGCUUAAGAGUUUGGAGUCCGAUAUGCAGACCCUAGUCGAGCGCAAGUCGGCUAUUGCGGAGACCAUCAAAGCCACAUCCAAGGACAUUGACCAGAAAAAGAAGGAUCUGAAUGCGCUUACUUCGGAACGGCUUCGUGUGUCCCAAAUGAGGACUGAGCUAGAGGAGAAACUCCAGGUCGUCCUGAAGAAGCUACUCGAAGCGGACGAUGGCAAAAAGCAGAGCGAGAAAGAGCUACGAGCCAAAGAGCUGAUCUCCACUCUGAGACGCAUCUUUCCUGGAGUCAAGGGUCGUGUCAGCGAUCUGUGCAAGCCAAAACAGAAGAAGUAUGCUGAAGCCGUCAGCACUGUUCUUGGACGCCACUUUGAUGCUAUUGUCGUCGAUAACGAGAAGACAGCUAAGGAGUGCAUCCAGCACCUUCGUGACCAGAGGGCCGGACAGGCCACCUUCAUUCCAUUGGAGACCAUCCAGGUCAAAGCAUUCAACUCCAACUUGAAGGGAAUGCAUCGUGGAAUGCGUCCUGCAAUCGAGACGGUUGACUACGACAACUCCGUCUCGAGAGCCAUCAGCUACGCCUGUGGAAAUGCUAUCGUCUGUGACGAUCUCGCGACCGCAAAGUACCUAUGCUAUGAUAAGGGUCUGGAUGCCAAAGCUGUUACCCUCGAUGGGACAGUUAUCCACAAGGGUGGUCUGAUGACUGGUGGUCGUGGCCCUGGUCAGCAAAACUCCAAGCGCUGGGAAGAUGCCGAAGUUGAAGGCCUCUUCAAGUUGAAAGACAAGCUGCUCGCUGAUCUGGCAAGUCUUCCUAAGGGCCACCGCAAGGGCACGGAAGAAGAGUCUCUCCAAGGUGACCUUGUUGGACUAGAGCAGCGUAUUUCCUACGCCCAGGAGGAGCUCAAGGCCCUCGAAAGGAACCUUGAGAGCAAGCGUAGCGAAGUUGACUUUGCCAAGCGUCAGCUCGCUGAAGUGAAGCCGAAAUUCCUCCAGAAGCAGCAAGCCCUUGAAGAGCUUGACGAAACCAUCCGGGAAUCUCAAGAGCUUGUCAGCAGAGUUGAAGAUGAGGUGUAUGGUAAUUUCUGCCGACGCCUCGGAUACGACAACAUCAGAGAAUAUGAAGCUCAGCAAGGAUCUUUACAGGAAGAAGCUGCCCAAAAGAAGCUGGAGUUUACCACUCAAAAGAGCAGGAUAGAGAACCAGCUAAGCUUCGAGAAGCAACGUCUCCAAGCUACUGACGACCGAGUCAAUGCGGUGAAAGCUAAAUACGAGCGUGAUAUGGCUCUGAUUGAGGAGCUGAAGGAGGAGCAAGACAAGAUUCGCAAUCAAAUUGACGUCUUCAGCGCAGAGAUUGACCUCCUCCGCGAACGUCUUGAAGAGCAAAAGGAGUUGUACGCUCAAAGUGCAGAGGUUCUGGCACAACAACGGCGAGAGCUUCAGAAGCGUAGUAAAAAUGUGGAAACAACACUGAGAGCAGUUGGGGCUUUAGAGGGCGAAAUCCAGCGCAACUCUGCGAGCCGAUAUGCCUUACUUCGCCGCUGUAAGCUGGAGGACAUCGACAUUCCGCUGACGGAAAGCUCUGCUCCUUUGGAUCAGCUUCCUAUCGACGAUUUAGUCCAAAAUGCCGAUCCAGACGCAAUGGACGUCGAUGAAGACGGUAAUGGCGCUGGAGGCCAAGGUCCCACAGUCCAAGACUAUGGUAUUGAGGUCGACUUCGACUCUCUAGGUGAAACCUUAAAAGAGGAGGCGGACGAAAAGCUCGAGGAAGAACUGCAAGAGAGGAUAAGGUCCCUCAACGCUGAACUCGACAAGAUGGCACCCAACACCCGUGCCGUGGAGCGCCUCGAGAGUGUUGAAAACAAGCUACGCAGCACUGAAAAAGAUUUUGAAGAUGCGAGGAAGCGUGCCAGAAAGGCCAAGGAAGACUUCGAGGCUGUAAUGCGCAAGCGCUCGGAGCUGUUCAACAAGGCUUUCUCUCACAUCUCAGAGCAGAUUGGACCAAUCUAUCGCGAGCUGACGCGGAGUGCGAAUUACCCGUUGGGAGGCCAAGCAUACCUCGACAUUGAGGACUCUGACGAGCCGUACCUUGAUGGCAUCAAAUAUCAUGCCAUGCCCCCUCUCAAACGUUUCCGGGAUAUGGAGCAUCUCUCUGGUGGAGAGAAGACCAUGGCGGCCCUAGCUCUGCUUUUUGCCGUGCACUCCUACCAGCCUUCGCCAUUCUUCGUCUUGGACGAAGUCGACGCGGCUCUCGACAACACCAACGUUUCCAGAAUUGCGAAUUACAUCCGCGACCAUGCUGCACCGGGUAUGCAGUUUAUCGUGAUUAGUUUGAAGACGGGUCUGUUCCAGAACAGUGAAGCGCUUGUGGGUAUUUACAGAGAUCAGAGCGAGAACAGCAGCAACGGCUUGACUCUUGACCUACGAAAAUAUCAUUGAAAUCGAUGGCCUUCACUUGAAGUAUCUGUUAUUCCUUUUUAUCUCUCCUCUGUAUAUUAAAGUCUUCUUGCGCUUUGCUGUUGAGAUGUCUGGUCUCUGGCUCUGGGAAAGGUGUUUCAGCGGAGGGAGAGUGUUUUGCUAGUUACGCUCGCUAGCUACGCUUCAUGAUAGCUAGGACAGCUGUAUGUGUGGAUUUGCAACGAAUUCAAAUUUACCUAUCUACCUGGUUUCACGCCGGCUUUGCUUUCAUAUUUCCAGACUCCCCAUGGACUUCCGUAGUAUUUAAUCUCUUGG